AUGUCCUCCUCUCUCUCGGCAGACGAUGAAGACAUCUUUGAGCGCCUCCAACAGCGCAAGGACCCGAAGGUGUUGGAAGAGCAGCAGCAGGCCGUGAACGAGCGGACGCAGGCCAUUCUCCAGAAGGCCCAGGCUCGUCUUUCAGAACUGCUUGACCAAAACUCGACCCUGCCAUGCACGAUCUCGUCUGUUCAGGUGCUGAGCGCACCUCACACUCGCCGGAGCUUCCUCGAAAAAGUCCUCAGCCCCCUUCUCAGCGAGAACAAGGACCGACCCUACACUCUGUCCGAGGCAUUGCGGGAGAUUUCGGCGACAGCAGACAAGCUGGGACGAUUCGACCUGUUCCAACAGCCAAUUGCGGUGCACCUGGAUGAGUCGAAGAGGGACGCCUCCGGGCUCAGCAGCAUCGAUGUCCUGCUGGCAACCCGGGAGAAGUCGCGUGUGCUCUUGAAGACUGGCACUGAUCUCGGAAACGCUGAGGGUUCCGCUUACGGUAAUCUCCUGUGGCGCAAUGUAUUCGGCGGUGCCGAGACAUUGAACUUGAAUGCUUCGCUGGGUACCCGGACCCGGUCUGCUUACCAGGCCGCCUUCGAGACUCCGAUCCUGUGUGACCCAGACUUCCGCCUGGAGGUGGGCGGCAUAGCUAGCUCUACCCAGAAGUCCUGGGCGAGCCACGAGGAGGUGGUUAAGGGUGGAUGGAGUAAGCUCCGCUGGCUGUCGCAAUCCGGACAUCGCCAUGAAUUGGGCUACAACGGUUUCUGGAGACAAAUCACCGGCCUGGCAGAGAACGCCUCGCCUAUUGUUCGCGCUGAUGCCGGCGAUAGUGUGAAGAGCAGCGUCUUCCACAGCUGGAUUAAUGACCAGCGUGACAACGCGAUGCUGCCUUCCCGCGGCUACUAUGCUAAGGUUUUCAACGAGCUGGCUGGCUGGGGCCCAUUAAAGGGUGACGUCUCUUUCUGGAAAUCGGAGAUUGAGACCCAGGGCGCUGUCCCCAUCCCCAUUCCCGGAAUCAAGGGCGACAGCGGUAUCAGCUUGACUACUGGUUUCCGCGCGGGCCUCCUGUACCCUCUUGGUCUGGACUCGGGCUCUCGCCCCCGCCUUUCCCGGAUCAACGACCGCUUCCUCCUCGGUGGCCCCACUGAUGUCCGUGGAUUCCGUUUGUGUGGCUUGGGCCCCCGUGAGGGUGCCGAUGCUCUCGGCGGCGACAUCUACGCCGCUGGAAGCGCAAACCUGCUCUUCCCCCUUCCCCGCGUGGGCGCUGACAGGCCCCUACGACUGCAACUCUUCCUGAACGGCGGCCGCCUUCUGCCCCUGCGGACAUCGCAGAAGACCGCCCCUACCACCACUGGUGAGGUGCAGGAUGCCGUGAUCUCGACCAUCUCUGACCUGCAGACCGGCCUGCCUAGCAUCGCUGCCGGUGUGGGCAUCGUGUACGCCCACCCAGUGGCGCGCUUCGAGCUGAACUUCUCCCUGCCGCUGGUUCUGCGAAAGGGCGAGGAGGGCCGCAAGGGCUUGCAGCUGGGAAUUGGCAUCAACUUCCUGUAG